AUGCAGCUCUGCGCUCUCGUCGGCGGCCUCGGCAGAAUUAACGUGGGCGGAAGACGCGGAGGCGCUCUCGUCGGCGGCCUCGGCAGAAUUAACGUGGGCGGAAGACGCGGAGGCGCUCUCGUCGGCGGCCUCGGCAGAAUUAACCGGGGCGGAAGACGCGGUGGCUCUCUGGCUGGCUUCGGUGGUCUCGUCGGACAGGGAGGACGUCACGGUGUCGGCCAAGUCGCCGUCUCCGGCCGCUACACCUCCCUCGGGGGCAACAGGAUCGGACUCGGCAAUGCCAUCAGCUUCGAGGCCUCCGAUGAGUUCGUCGGAACCGGAGCUUUCAACUUCGAGGGCGCCCGCGAUCGCGCCGCCGCCCACGCCCCGUCCGGCACCGAGCCGAGAUCCGCUCCGGGGGUCGUCGGACAGAAGUACGGAGCUGGCUUCGCCCGUCAGUGGCACGCUGCCUCUGCGGACCGUGCUGCCUCCGGCAGCGGUACCGCCGCCUCGGCCCGCCAGGCCUCCCGCCGUGCCAACCAGGAGGCGCAGGCUCAGUUCCAGCAGGCCGCCACCGGCGCUGGAGCCGGAUCUGCCGGAGCCGCAUACGGAUACGCGAGGAACCUGCCCUACUCCGGCAUCCAGGCCGUCAACGUUGCCGCCCCACGCGUGCAGCUCGGACCUCUGACCGCCGUCGUCGGCGGAGGCGCCGGUGACGCGUCUGCUAGCGGAAUCGCCGGAAGCAACGCCGGAUCCCUCGGUGGAAUCAACCUCGGAGCCGCGAACAUCGGAGGCGGAGCAGUGGGUCUUGGAUCUGGAGCUAUCGGCGGAGCUGGACUCGGUCUUGGAUCCGCCCGCGGAGCUGGACUCGGUCUUGGAUCCGUCCGCGGAGCUGGACUCGGUCUUGGAUCCGCCCGCGGAGCUGGACUCGGUCUUGGAUCCGUCCGCGGAGCUCGAAUCGGUCUUGGAUCCGUCCACGGAGCUGGAGUCGGUAUUGGAGCCGUCCACGGAGUUGGAAUCGGUAGCGGCGUUCACGCCACGGGAGUCCACGCUGUCGGCACCUCAUACGAUCAGCAGCCCGCUUACGAUGCCGGUAGAGUCGGCAUCAACUACGACUCUCCCCGUUACGGUUACAACGCCGGAGAGGGAUACGGUAGCAGCAGCGGCUACAACGCCAAGGACUGGGCUGCCGACGUCACGUUAGUGGGCCGGAGCGCGUCGGUUCUCGUAUAUAAGGAGCCGCGGAGAGCGCAGAAGGCAUGCCCACUUGCAGAUCACCUGGUCGACUGGACUGAGGAAGCAAGCAUCUUGGUGUCCAACAUGAAGCUCUUGAUCGUCUUAUCUUGCGUCGCGUUCGUCGCGUGCGAAAACUAUGCCGGCAGCAACGGCGCCGCAACCCACCUCGGCUACGGAGCCAGCAACCUAGGCUACGGUGGCAACCUCGGAUACGGCGGUGGAUCCGGAGGCGGAUACGGAGGCGGAUACGGCGGAUACGGUGGCGGCUACGGAGCCGUCGGAGGCAGCUACGGAGGCGGCUACGGAGGCGGUCUCGGACGCGGUCUCGGACGCGGUCUCGGACGCGGUCUCGGACGCGGUCUCGGAUACGGACGUAGCCUCGGAUACGGAGGCGGCUACGGAGGCGGCUACGGAGGCGGUCUCGUCGGCGGCCUCGGCGGAAGACGCGGAGGCGCUCUCGUCGGCGGCCUCGGCAGAAUUAAC